CUCGGAUCCAGUCCUGAAGAAAGAGCUGGAGGAUGUGUGGAGGACAGAGGAGCGACUGCAGGACAGACACGCACAGUUAGGAAACGCGCUCCUCUUUAUUGCAGUAAUAUAUAUUUUAAUAAGAAGCUGCCGUCAGACCUGCAGACUCCUCCACUCAGGACCCAGAGGCAGCCAGACGCGUGCUGAAGAGUUUCAGCUCAGUUAGUCUAGUUUUGAUUCCAGCCUCGUUAGAAACUCUCGCCACGUUUUAAAUGCAACGGUGUCUGAUUUAUGAGAAGAGCAUGGCAGCCGAGGCGCGGAACGGCGGACCUGCGCUCCACAACAACAACAACAACAACAACAGCUGCAAAGACCCGCAGCGCAGGAAGCUGCUGGUCGGAGUGGACCUCUUCUGCCUCUUCCUGGCCGGCCUGCCUUUCCUGGUCAUUGAGACCAGCGCUGUUCAGCCUUACCGCAGAGGGUUUUACUGCGACGAUGAGUCCAUCAAGUAUCCGGCCAAAACCGGAGACACCAUUAGCGACGGUGUGCUCAGCGCCGCCGGCAUUCUAAUCACCAUCCUGUCUAUCGUAAUCGGCGAGAGCUACAGGAUCUACUUCCUGAACGAGGGCUCCAAGUCCUUCGUGGGGAACCCCUACGUCGCCGCCCUCUACAAGCAGGUGGGCGUGUUCAUCUUCGGCUGCGCCGUCAGCCUGUCCUUCACCGACAUCGCCAAGGUGUCGGUGGGCCGCAUGCGGCCUCACUUCCUGGACGUGUGCAAGCCCGACUUCUCCACCAUCAACUGCUCCCUGGGCUACAUCACCGAGUACCAGUGUCAGGGUCCAGAGGGCAAAGUUCAAGAGGCCAGGAAGUCUUUCUUCUCUGGACACGCGUCUUUCUCCAUGUACACCAUGCUGUACCUGGUGUUUUACCUGCAGUCCCGCUUCACUUGGCACGGCGCCCGCCUGCUGCGCCCUUUAACCCAGUUCACGCUCCUCAUGAUGUCCUUCUACACCGGCCUGUCCCGGGUGUCCGACCACAAGCACCACCCGUCCGACGUGCUGGCCGGGUUCGCUCAGGGAGCGCUGGUGGCCUACUGCAUCGUGUUUUUCGUGUCGGAUCUGUUUAAGGCCAGAGGCAGGCGCUCUGCGCUGGCGCCGACCCCGGUGAAGAAAGACCUUGUUCCUGCGCCAGACAUCCGAGAGCGAAGCAACCACCUCAUCAUGGCGUGAAGCUGGCUGCACCGCCAUCAAGCCCGACCUGUGCCUUUUCAGACAAUCACUGCUACAGCCACUAGUCACAACUGGAUCAAACUACUCACAGCUUCUGGAAAAUGCAGAGAAACAUGGAGGCUUGAAUUUCUUGAAGGAUGCACAGAGACUGGAGAAGCAGUCGGGACGAUCUGCUCUGUCCGUCCUCCUCAGCCUCACCCGCUGGUUUUAAUGUGGAAAAGAGAGACGACCUCCUUUCUGCUGAACGGGAUGUUUGUCCCUGGUCGUCCUGCUAAAAAGAUUACUGGAGAUUGUCCACUGCCGAGGCCUUUCCACGAGGUGAAGUCAGAAAGGAACAAAGCUGUGUGCGGCUUUUGUGCGUUUGCUCGUAUCCCUGCCGCUCGCUCGCCGUGUGACGAAGCCGUCGCGACGUUAAAACAAAUUCCUCAGUUUUCAGGAAGGAUGUGGUUUCCGUGCGUUACAUUGGACGUGUGAUUUCUAGCUCUGCUUUAGCUCUACUCAGUACUGUCUGUCACCACUCCAAUGACCCAAGGUGACGCUUCGGAAGCUCCCGUGCACUGUGCACGGCGUGGCGUGCACUGUGCACGGUGUGUUGCUCCCUGUGACCGGCGGUGGAGCGAGCGGUGCGGUGGUGUGUGUUCGAUGUGGGCCGCCUCCUGCUGGCUGGGACGAGCCCCCACUGAGCCACUGUCCGUUACACUAAACCAGACGGGUGCUUUAGAAGUGUUAGGUCAGUGUGUGUGAGUGUGUGUGUGUGUGUGUGGGUGACACCUUUCUGUAAGCGUGCCAGUGUUUCUUAAUGUGGACUGUAUAUUUCACUGUUUAUAACCUGCAAGUGUGUGUGUGUGUGUGUGUGUGUGUGUGUGUGUGUGUGUGCCAGACAGCAGGAGCACUGUGGGGGGCGCCGUGCACAGCACAUGUAUUACUAAUCAUACUGAUUAUUAACGUGAUGAGCAGAUCCUGUGGUUUACUGGAUGCAGGCGUACAUACUCUAUAUAUUCUGCUGAAACGAAGAUGUGAACCUCCCGUCAGUCGUGGAUACGUAUGACGUUUAUAAUUCCUUCUAAAACUCCAAAGCUAAUUUCAUAUAUGAUUAUUAGUCACCUUGCAAUUUGCUGAAUUACUGGCGUCUUGUAAAAUAAAACAAAGGAGCCGACGCUGAGGCUCUGCUUUUAUAAUAGACAAGUUUUCACGAUGCUGAUGUGUUUGUGUGCCUUAAUGUGAUUUUUGGCCAAAAAGAAAACCAGUGACUGACAAAGCCAGCCUUUUUUCUUGUGUGUUGAAUGUGGACUAUAGAAGGAGUGAACUGCAUGAAGACUGCAUCGUACAGUGAUGCACGGCGUGUGAAUUUUCAGCACGCCGAGUGAAAAAGUGCCCACUGCGACGGUUCGUCGAGACCUGUGUAAAUGUUGAACAUGCUGCUCAAAGAGUCAGAGCUGGGCUUAAUGCCAUCCAGUGCGGCUGGCUCCUGGUGAACAGGAAGGUUUAUUAAGAAAAUCACAACAAAGCUGUCGACGUGGACGGCUUCAGUAUGUUUUAUAUCUGUAUGUUGAAUAAAUCCGUUUCUGUAUUUUUGUAGUGUGUAUAAUGCAACUGUUCGGACGUAUCGAAGAUGAAAUGUCUUUAAUAAAACACAGAACAUUAAAAGCGCA